AUGUGUGAACCAUUUUUUGCAUUAUCAGUCACAGAAAGAUGUAAUUCUAAUGCUGACAUUGCCUUCUUGGUGGACUCCUCGGGAAGCAUCUCCCGUGAAAACUACGAAAAAGUGAAAACAUUUGUGUCAAACCUCGCUGCGAGCUUCAACAUUUCUCCAGGGGGAUCCCGUGUGGCUGUUGUUAUCUACAGUACAGGCGCAACAACUGCAAUCAAGUUUGAUGACUUCACAAGCGCAGACUCGUUUGAGAGAGCAGUGAAACUCCUAAAACAUGAGCGCGGAUUCACAAGGAUAGAUCUUGCUCUUCAAAGGGCCUAUUACGACUUGUUCGGCAGACGAGGCAGUUCUCGAUAUGAAGUACCAAAAAUUGCCUUCCUCCUCACCGAUGGAAAACAGACGGAAGACUCCCAAGCGCUCUCUCUUGGAAAGAUGGCCCGCCUUAUCAAGGAUCAAGGAGUGCGAAUCGUUGCAAUAGGAGUUGGAAAACAAGUCGAAACUCAAGAACUUAUGACAAUUGCAACUAACGAAAAGGACGUCAUACAGGCAGACACAUUUGACAACUUAUUAGAAAAAGUGCAACCGAUCGCCGAGAGUGCAUGUGAAAGCUUUUUAGCUGUUCCUAUUCCAGAGGAAAUUGACGAUGGUAAGUAAAUAAAGUUCAUGUUUUAUACCAGAAUAAAUAUUUACAAUGGAACUCAUUAAGUAGGGUACUGUUGUAAUAGAAAUGUCAACUUAACGAAU